AUGCCCACGGUAGAAAGCGUCAAUCUUUCUCCGCGUGAAACAAGCGACAGCGUGUUGGAAAAUCCUAACCUCAAGUUGGUUGAGGUUACGAAACGCUUGGCGGAAGGCUUCAACCUGCACUCACGGAAUACAACCGACAGCGUGGCGGCAAAUUCUAACCUCACUCUUGCUAAGGGAUCCGACAGUAUGGCAAACAGGCUAGCCAUAAUGAAGCGACGGCAAGAAGCGGAGAAGAAACGGGUGGAACUGGAGUUGCAGCUGCGGUUCGUGAAGGAAGAGGAGCAGAUUUUGGCUGAGGAAAUGGGCGUGCAAGUGACCGCUGAGACAUCGACAGUGAUACCAUCCUGUGCGGAGGGUGGUUCGAUGGAACGUGUGAGACGUGAGGAGCGCGGUUAUGCCCAGCAGGAGGUGAAUGUGCAUCGCAACAUACCAACCGAAUUACCCGUGUUUGCCGGGGACCCGGCGGACUGGCCAAUAUUCAUCGCGCAUUAUGAGUAUACUACGGACAAAUUCGGCUUUUCCAACUGGGAAAAUAUGUUGCGUUUGCAAAAGGCGCUGAAGGGUCCCGCUCUAGAGGCAGUGCGUAGCCGUUUACUUUUGCCGGAAGUGGUACCGCAAGUGAUAGCAACGCUGCGCUCACGUUAUGGUCGGCCAACGCAUCUCAUCUCGGCGUUAAUCGAGAAAGUGCGUAGGAUGGCUGCACCCUGCAUGGAGAAGCCCGACACCAUCGUGGCGUUCGGUGAAGCGGUGCAAAGCAUGGUGGACCAUAUGAAGGCCGCUGGACGAGAGGCGCAUCUGACUAACCCGUUGCUGCUACAGGAGAUCGUGGACAAGCUACCGAUGACCGAGAAAUAUAAUUGGGUGCGAUUUGUACGGCACAUCGACGAACCAGACCUCCGGAUGUUUGCAGAGUACAUGGCCGAGUUGCAGAGCGCUGCGGAGACGUUAACCAACCGGGAGUUACCAUCGUGGAAGGCGGCGGAAAGGAAGAAGCCCAGCACCAAGGCUUAUGUGCACGCACAUGUCGAUCAUCAGGAAUCAACAACAUCUGGGAAUAACUCAACGCAGGUAGGGAAAUCAUUGCGUUGUUUUAUUUGCGAUAAAAGGGGACACGAUGUGGGAAAAUGUUUUGAGUUUGUAGCAAUGUCGGUUAAGGAACGGUGGAAUAAGGCUCGUGCACAUUCUUUGUGCUUCGGCUGCCUGGGCAAGCACAACUGGCGGACGUGCCGCAACAGGCCAGUGUGUAGCAAAGAAGGGUGUACGUACCGACAUCAUGCGUUGCUGCACGGAGUGGAGGAGUCUCGGCGAGUCAGCAAUGAGAUCGGCGCUUCGGAACCCGGGGUUGGAAGGAACAAUGGUGGUGCUAUUGCGGAAAGCAACCAUCAUCAGUACGCAUCGUCUUCGUCGAAGGCACUCUUCCGGAUUGUGCCUGUCACCGUGUAUGGUCCGGCUGGAGCGGUGGCAACGUUUGCCUUUUUGGAUGAAGGUUCAUCCAUGACGUUGGUUGACGAGGAUUUGGCAGAGAAAUUAGGUGUCAAGGGUGUGGUGGAGCCUCUUUGCAUUCGUUGGACCGGCAAUACAACAAGGGUCGAGGCUGGGUCCAGACGCGUAAAUCUCGAGGUGGGUCCGAUUGGUUCUACAAGGCGUUUUGCGGUCAAUUCGGUACGUACGGUUCCAGCCAUGAACCUACCGCGGCAAUCCUUCGUACAGGACGAAGGGAGGUGGGAACAUCUGAAGCAGCUGCCGAUACAGGAAUAUAAGGAUGCGGAACCCAAGAUGCUUAUUGGGUUAGACAACCUGAGGCUGACGGUUUCCCUCAGGACGGUAGAGGGCGGAGAUGGUGAUCCAAUCGCAGUCAAAACGCGUUUAGGAUGGUGUAUCUACGGGAAGCCGACGAACCAGGGGGGUGAUAGACUACUGCACAUCUGCGAGUGCAAUAGCCCAAACAAUCUUCACGACGCGAUUGGCAAAUUCUACGAACUGGAGCAAAUGGGGGUGGCGUACACACACGUUCAGGAUGACCCGGAUACCCAACGUGCUCAACAUCUAUUGGAGGUUACCACGGUUCGUGUUGGAAGACGUUUCGAGUCGGGUUUAUUGUGGAAGGUGGAUCAUUCAGAGCUUCCUUCAAGCCUCGCUAUGGCGAAACGUAGGUUCGAUUGUUUGGAGAAAAGGAUGGAACGAGAUGGUCAGCUCAAGCUGCAGGUACACCGUCAGAUUCGCGAGCUGCUGGACAAACAGUAUGUGCACAAGGCAACGAAACAGGAACUGUCGGAGGCUAACCCGAAACGAAUUUGGUAUUUACCAAUAGGAGUGGUUACUAACCCAAACAAACCUGGAAAGGUGCGUUUGAUUUGGGACGCUGCAGCUAAGGCACAUGGCACAUCACUUAACGACAUGCUGCUUAAGGGUCCUGACGAGGUUAUGUCUUUACUUGGAGUACUAUUCCGUUUUCGUCUGUAUGCAGUGGCGGUGUGUGCAGACGUAAAGGAGAUGUUUCUACAGAUAAGAGUGCGGAGAGAGGACAAGCAUGCACAGCGCUUCUUAUGGCGGUACAAUCCUUCGGACGAGCUGGAUACCUACAUCGUGGACGUUGUGACAUUUGGCUCUACAUGUUCACCCGCGACAGCGCAGUAUGUCAAGAACCGGAACGCGAAAGAGCAUGCCGAGAAAUUCCCACGUGCGGUUGAGGGAAUCCUUGAGAGCACAUAUGUGGACGAUUUCUUAGACAGCUUUGGGACGACGGAGGAGGCGUGUCGAGUGUCUAACGAGGUCCGGAAAGUAUUCAGCAAUGGCGGAUUCGAGCUAAGGAAUUGGAGCUCGAAUAGUGCAGAGGUAAUUAAACACCUCGGUGAGCAGAACAGCGGAAACAUCAAAUAUUUAUCAACCAUGGGGGAUGAUAUCGAACGCGUAUUAGGAAUGCGUUGGCAUCCUGCAUCCGAUACAUUGGGAUUCUGCACACGGGCGUGUACGGUGAUAGCUGACUUCCUAAAGGCAGAGCGGAUUCCAACGAAGAGAGAGGUAUUACGAUGUGUGAUGUCAUUGUAUGAUCCUCUUGGGUUGUUGGCGAUAUUCGUGAUUCACGGCAAAAUCCUGAUACAAGAUCUAUGGCGAACCAGCACGCAGUGGGAUGAAGAAAUAAAUGGCAUCCAAUACAGCGAAUGGCGCAGAUGGAUAGAACUUCUCCCAACGAUUGGCGACAUACGCAUUCCGCGUUGUUACUUUACCGAAGCAUCGAAGAAAACGUACGAGAAUGCCGAAUGGCAUGUGUUCGUCGAUGCCAGCCAGCACGCAUAUGCAUGCGCUCUUUAUCUUCGCACGAUCGAUGAGUCCGGUGAACCGCAGUGCACCCUGGUUGGAGGAAAGGCUAAGGUGGCGCCAUUAAAGCCCCUUACGAUACCGAAGCUAGAACUCCAAGGUUGCGUGUUAGGCGCACGGUUCUUGCGCUACACGCAGGAACACCAUCCAAUUCGCGUGACACGACGAGUGCUCUGGACUGAUAGCACGGUCGCUCUGUCAUGGAUAAGAGCGGAUCCCCGAAACUACAAACCCUUCGUUGCCCAUAGAGUAGUCGAGAUUCUGGAGAGCACGGCAGUGGAUGAGUGGCGAUGGGUGCCGACAGACCACAACCCAGCGGAUGAGGCAACGAAGUGGAAGGGUAGGCCGAACUUCGACUACGACGGAAUCUGGUUUCAAGGGCCGGAAUUCUUGCUGAACGGAGAGGACGACUGGCCGCAACAAAGAUCGACCGACACAGGCACGGGAGAAGAAAUACGGCGGGUAAAUCUUCACACCGAGGGCCCUGAUACCAGACUGUUACUCAUACCUUAUGAACGGUUUAGCAGGCUGGAGAGACUGCAACGGACAAUUGGGUGGCUUGUGCGUUAUGUAGGCAACCUGGACAAGAAGAGGAGAAGCGAGUCAGUUCUGGGAGGAGUUCUCAGCCACGAGGAACUCUAUAAGGCUAACAUCAUCUUGUGGAAACAGACCCAGUGGACAUUCUACUCGGAGGAAAUUCGUGUCCUGAGCACCCAAAAUGGCGAUGAAGUACCCCGCGGGACGGUAGCUAAACAAAGCCGUAUAUACAAGCUAUUGCCAUUUCUGGAUGAAGAAGGCGUUUUACGGAUGCGAGGAAGAAUAGGAGAAGCGGCGGAAGUACCCUAUUCCGCAAAGUAUCCAGUAAUUCUACCGGGGAACUCUAAAUUGGCUGAGCUAAUAGUGGAGCGUUAUCAUCGAGUCUAUCGCCACGCCAAUAACGAAACAGUAGUGAACGAGGUACGACAACAGUUCCAGAUCCCGAGGCUGCGAGCGUUGGUUGCGAAAACGGUGAGGAAUUGUGUGUUCUGUGCAAUCCGGCGGGCACUACCACAAGUACCACCAAUGGCACCGCUACCAAAGGAGAGACUGGCACCGUUCGUCCGGGCGUUUACCUUCGUUGGACUCGACUACUUUGGCCCGGUAUUGGUAAAGAGAGGAAGGUCGAAUGAAAAGAGAUGGGUUGCCGUAUUCACCUGUUUGACCAUACGAGCGAUCCAUUUGGAGGUAGUGCAUAGCCUAGCGACAGAAUCAUGCAUAAUGGCGGUCAGGCGAUUCGUGGCGAGGCGAGGUGCACCGAUAGAAAUCUUCAGUGACAACGGGACCAACUUCGUGGGCGCUAGCAGACAACUUCGGAAAGAAAUCGAGCAGCGUAAUGAAAUCCUGGCAACGACUUUCACCAAUGAACACACCCGUUGGAACUUCAACCCGCCUGGUGCUCCCCAUAUGGGAGGCGCAUGGGAGCGUAUGGUGCGCUCAGUGAAGGCUGCGAUCAGCACGGUAAUGGAGGUGAGGAAUUUACCGAAUGACGAGACAUUCGAGACCAUAUUGUACGAUGCUGAGGCCAUGAUCAACUCUAGACCGUUGACGUACGUACCGUUAGAUCCGGAGAACCGAGAGGCGAUUACACCAAAUCACUUCCUGUUGGGAAGUUCUUCGGGAGUUAAACAACGGCCGGCCAACUGCCUAGAUUUUUUCCCCAUCUUUCUUUUUGGCUCCUCGCUCCACUCCAAGGAUCUGUAG